CGUGAAAUCAAGAAAAAGGAGUCGACCAUACACGGAUGACGGACCACAAUCGCUCAAACCUCGAUCGACAAUCGCUCCCUAUCGCUCGGGUCGUGAACUCUCGGUCUCAGUCGCUCUCAGCUCCGCUCGUGGUCUCUCCUUUGUCGCUAUCGGUCUCUCCUUAGUCACAGGCUUUGAACAAGGACCAUGGUAGGUCCAUCGUCAGGGUCCAACUCACUUAAGGAGUAUCUUAAAAGAUACGGAAAUAAUGAGGAGGAGGAGAAGAAAAAGCAGAAGAAGCAGAAAAAGAAAAAGAAAAGUAGGCCUGAUAUGAAUGGCUUCCUAGUUGUGGACGAAGAUCCUGUUUGGCAAAAGCCAAUUGAGGUUGAAGAAGAAGAUGACGAGUCACAAGAUGAAGAGAAGCCGCAAGUUGAUGAAGAUAUUGAAGUUAAGCGAAUGAAGAGAUUAGAGCAGCUUAAAACCCGGCGCCCUUUUGGUGCCAUUUCUGAGGAUGGAAGCGGUUGGGUUUCAGUCCCUGAUACUGCUAAAAACUUGACUUUGGAUGAGCUAAAUUCUGGUAUCUCUCCACUACGUAAACGUAGUGCUCAUGACGAUACGUCUUCUCCAGAACAUGAACUGGGUCUGUCUAUAAAGACACUGAAUUCGGACAGUUCUCCACCUCGGAAAAGAAGGGCYCGGAAUGAUACACCUUCCCCAGAAGCAAUGGAGUCUGACAGACGAAAUGCUGAUGAUAUCUCCCCACCACGGCGCCGUKGGAAACCUAUGUCGCCAGAAGUUAGGAGAAGAUCACCGCUUAAGACCACCCAGGAUGCUAAACAUGGCCAUGAUAUUGACAUUUCACCUCCUCGUAAACGAAGGCCUCGUUGUGAUACACCAUCCCCAGAACCUAACAUGAAGCCUUUUAGGUUGGGCAGAGAAGAUUCAGAUACGACAAAACCACGACACAGAACUAAACAUGCUCACACUUCAUCACCAGAACCUGAGAUGAAACUAACASAGUCCUUUAAGUUGGAGCCUGAUCUUUCUCCUCCCCGCAAGGGUCGCCCUCAAGAGUUGGUAAAUUCUGAUCUUUCUCCUCCUCGACGGGGUCAUCAUAAAUCCUCUAAUGAAAAUCGUCCACGUGCAUCUGUAGUGGGAGAUCUUUCACCCCCAAGAAAAARGAGAGAGGCUAGGCAUCAAAUUCUUGAUGAUCCUCAUCGACAAUCGGUAUCAGUUUCUGACCUUUCUCCACCAAGAAAACCUGUGAAGGAAUCAGGUUCCUUGASAGAGCUGCGGAAAACUGGUUUAGUUAGUGGCAAAGAUAUAAAAGAAGAAAUUGCUAAAACAAAGAAGGAAGACUGGUUGAGGUAAUAUUUUCUGUUCUUUGUGAUGCUCAAUUAUUAUUAUACAUGUAUUAAGUUAUGCAUGCAUAUCAACAGCUAAGAUCCCACUCGUGUUCAUUUCAUGUCUUAUAUGUCUUUUCCUAAGGCUCAUCAAGUGCAUCUGUUGCUGUUUAAUUCAUUUAUUCAUAUAGUGGGCCAAUCAAGAGGGCAUGCUAUUACUUAUGUUCUCACACAAGUACGAGUUCCGAUAAAUUGGGAGUUUCAUAUAUA